AUGCUAGCAUCAUCCAUUAUCUGUCCGCGCAAAGUUCCUGAAAUACAAGAAAUCGUGAAGUUGGCCGAUGAAUUCGAGAUCCCGCUCUGGUCUAUCUCAAUCGGUCGCAAUACCGGAUACGGAGGUGCUGCUCCCCGUGUGCGAGGCAGCGUUGUGCUGAAUCUGGGAAAGCAUAUGUAUCUAUCGCGUGCUGGAGACCAUUGGAUGAUGCAUAGCGGAGUGGAAGUGAUUCUCCCCAACGGCGAGCUGAUGCGCACGGGGAUGGGAGCACUACCACAACCGAAGAAUCCUGGUCACAAGGAAACUCGUCUCGAUGAGGAGCCAGGGAACAAGGCCUGGCAGCUAUUCCCUUACGGUUUGGACCUUACAACGAUGGCCUUUUUUCACAGGGCAGUGUGGGACAGUGUGGUAAUUGUCACGAAGAUGGGUAUAUGGCUUAUGCCCAAUCCGGGUGGCUACCAAUUCUACAUGAUCACAUUCCCGCGAGACGAAGACCUUCACAAGUCAGCGGAGAUCAUUGGACCACUAAGAUUGCAAAUGGUCCUCCAAAACGUCACCACUAUCCGCAGUAUUCUCAUGGACGCCGCUUGUCUGGGCACAAAAACAGAAUACACCUCUUCGACCGAGCCAAUUGACGAAGCAGGCCUGGAUGCUAUUGCCAAGGAGCUAAACCUAGGUCGCUGGAACUUCUACCGCGCGUUAUACGGACCCAAAGAAUAUCGUGACGUGCUCUGGAAGAUCAUCAAAGAAGCCUUUUCCGCAAUUAAGGGCGCCAAAUUCUAUUUCCCGAAAGACCUCAAGGGCCAGAAGAGUGUCCUGCACACCCGGGAUCAAACACUCCGAGGCACCCUCACGUUCGACGAGCUUCCCAAUGGGACACAUCUUUUCUUUGCCCCUAUCGCCAAAGUAACCGGAGACGACGCGAUGCUUCAGUACAGGUGA